AUCCUCCGCUCCUUCCCUAACCUCCGGCCAGCUCCACAUAUACGCACAUCUCAUAUUUUCCCAAACACCAUCAGAUUAUUCCUCCACUACGCCGCCGCCCACGCUUCACCAGUACCAUCCACAACUCCCUCACCCACCCUUCUCCGCUGCCAUAACUUGGGCCGUCCCAUUAAAGACUUUUUAACCCUUCCAUUUCCUUUCCUCCGGCCAAAUCUAGCAGUCGUCGCCAACCACGGAACCAAACCCCUGCCGCCAUGACCCAAUACGAACGUCGUCGUCGACCCAUGUGACCCAAACCCAAUGCCCAACGACCCUAUUUCGACUCCUCUGCUUGAGUCCCAUGUUCUGUGGGCUGGCAGGGUGUGCGUAUUCUAUACGCUCUUGAAGAUCGGUUUAGCUAGAUCUAGGCGAACCCAAUUGUCUCUGAGUGGUGGCGACGGGAGCGAAGUUGAUAUUGCCGGAGCUGGGCGUUUGGUUCUGCGGUGGGCAACGAUGACUAAGUUUCGUCGGAGGAUCGGAAAUGGAAGCAUUCAUCAAUUUGUUCACCGCCGCGGUGUCGAUUCCCUUUCUUCGCGGCGGUUUAUCUUCUCCUCGAUUAAGACCUUCGAUUCCGUCAUCGGCACACUUAUGGUAUGCGUUCUCCGGCGUAUCUGGACCGUCGAAUUUAGGGUUGUCUAGGAGAUGCGCAUUAUGAAAACGAUGGGCAGGGGGAGGUCGGAAUCCGACAGAAACGUCGAGCUUAUCGAGAGGGUAUGAGAAGAGGGACUCUGUGUAUGCUUCGUCUCCGAGAAAAUCGGACGUCGGGAGAUUUUUGGGGUCUUUUGUAUAUGUAUGUGCGUAGAUGUGGAGCUGGCCGGAGGUUAGCGAAGGAGUGGAGGAUAUAAUUAUUUUUUCUUUAUUUUACCUUAUUUUUAUAGUGAAGUGGAAAUUGUUAAUAGAAUAAAUUUUAUUUUUUAUUUUUUUUAAUUGCCACGUCACUCACUUAACAGUCAAUGGUGAGAGUUGACCGCCACAUCAGCAAAAGUUAACGGAGACUAACGGCCAGUGACCAAAUUUGAACUGCUAACCUAAUUUAAGUGACUACAGAUGAAAUAAAUUAAUUUUAGUGGCAAACGUGAAUUUUACUAGUAAUUCAAGUGACCAAACUUGCAAUUUAGCCAUUUAGUAAGUGUAGAUAUUUGAUCAUAUACAUUUUGUUUGUUAAACAAAGUUUUUGAAUGACUCAUUUUCAUUUGUACUAGAGAAGCCUGCUCGCUGCGCUUCGCGUCAAGCGAGCGAUAUGAAAGAUUGCAUGUGAUUGUAAGAGGGAAUAAACUAACAUGUAUGGAACACAAACUCUAGAAAUUGGAGGUCUAACUCUCAUUCGAUGAAAAAAGUAACAGGUAACAAAAAUCAAUCAUGGUAAAAGAUUCCACGAAUAGGAACAUCUAAGUAGCUGAAUAAGAAUUGAGGAAACAACAUUUUGCAAUAAAUCGAAGCAAAUAAUAAAAAAUGGACUCGCUGACCAAUGAGUAAGUACCGAUUGUGGAACAACAAACUUAAAAGUACACUUGAAAAUCCUUUUUGGCUGUGGAACUUGAUUUGAAUUAUUGAGACUUAUUACUGUUGUUCUCUUGUAAGUACAACAAAAAGAUAACUAAUUAUUCGUUUAUUAAGUCCAACAAACAAAAAGAUAAAGUUAGAAUGCACCCUAAAGUUUCAACUAAGAUAGAAAAUAGUCGAGAAAUAGACGACAUGAAGAAGAAAAAAAGUCAACAAAUCUAAAAGAAAAAAAGGAAGAACCUAGUAUCUCAUUUCAUUGGUUCCGAUGCCACUUUUGUACUUUUUGAUUGGGACAGAGAGAUUUCAAUGUUAACUUCUAUUAGACCUCGAGUGAGAGAAAUGAGUAGAAAUGCAUGACCAAAUACGAAAUUCGGUCUCGAGCGAUUUUAUUGAUUCCAAUGCCACUUCGUGUGCUUUUUGAUUGUGUGAUAUUUUAUUGUUAACCUUCUAUUCGACCUCAAGCGAGAGAGAUGAGUAAAAAUGCAUAACCAAAUACAAAGUCGGUCUAUAGCUAUUUCAUUAGUUCCGAUGCCUCUUUCGACUUUUGAUUGAGGGUGAGUGAUUCCAUCAUUAACUUUUUAUUCAACAUCGAGUUAGAGAGAUUCGUAGAAUGUAUAACCAAGAACGAAAGUCGGUCUCGAGCUAUUUCAUUGGUUAUGAUGCCUCUUUCAACUUUCGAUUGAAAGUGAGUGAUUUCAACAUCGAGUGAGAGAGAUGAGUAAAAUGUAUAACCAAGUACAAAAGUCGAUCUCGAGCGAUUUCAUCGAUUUCAAGAUAUUAAGAAUAUAAAAACAAAUACGAAAGUUAAUCAGUUUUAGCACAAGAAACAAUAAUAUAAAAGGAAUAGAUGGAGAGAUUAAAUAGGGAGAGAUAUUUAAACGAGAAGAAAAAGAAACCAAUAAAAGGAUGUCAUAUGUCUCUUUUGGAAGAAUGACCUUAAAGUUAGGGUUAUUUACCAAAAAAUCAUCUGAAUGAAUAGUAGAAUCAAAA